GAUGUCGGAUAACGCGGUGUGGCGCGCGGUGAAGCCGUACAUGAACGGUGGUUUGUCCGGCAUGGGCGCCACGUGCGUGAUUCAGCCGUUAGACAUCAUCAAGGUUCGAUUGCAACUCGGGUCGACGGGGGGACCGAUCGGGACGGCGGCGGCGAUCGUGAAGAACGAAGGCUUCGGCGCGCUGUACACCGGAUUGUCCGCGGGCUUGCUGAGACAGGCGACGUACACGACGGCGCGAUUGGGGUUGCACUCGCAAUUCGUCAACGCGCUGAAGGAAUCGAAUAAGGGUGAGAACUUGUCGCUGGCGCAAAAGGCGGGCGCGGGGCUGGCGGCGGGCGGUUUGGGCGCCAUCGUCGGUUCGCCGGCGGAUUUGUCGCUCAUUCGCAUGCAAGCGGACGGUACGUUGCCGCCGGAUCAGCGUCGCAACUAUAAAGGCGUCGCGCACGCUUUGGUGGACAUCGUGAAGAAGGAUGGUGUCGGCGGAUUAUUCACCGGCGCCGGGACGACGAGCAUUCGCGCGAUGGCGUUGAACAUGGGCAUGCUCGCGUCGAACGACCAAGCCAAGGAAAUGAUGGCGGCGAACCAGAUCACCGGUUUCCCGGCCACGCUCGGCGCGGCCUCUAUCGCCGGUUUCUUCGCCUCCUUCUUCUCUUUGCCGUUCGAUUACGUCAAGACGCAAUUGCAAAAGCAAAAGCCGAACCCGGAUGGCACGAUGCCGUUCAAAGGCUUCAUGGACUGCUGCGGGAAAACCAUGGCGAGCGGCGGUCCGCUCAAGUUUUACACCGGUUUCCCGACGUAUUACGUUCGAAUCGCUCCGCACGCCAUGCUCACUCUGAUGGCGCUCGACGCGAUCCAAAAGUUCCAAAAAAAGAACGGAUUUUAAAUAAGCGAAGACUCCAGAGGCGCGCGGCGGCGCGAGUCGAGACGCUCGCUCGCAUUAUUCACGAACCCACCACAUUAAAUUACAUUUAAAGCUGAGUUGAGAAGAAGAAUAGUAGCGUUUAACAACGAUCAUCAGUACAUUUCGCG